CUCUACACACAUAGGCGCCAUCUUGGAUUAACCCGUAGCUUUUUCUGAAAUCGCUAAUAGCAAAUAACGCAGUUGUCUCACUUAAUUCAACUCAAUACCGAUAUGAACGGAUCCAGAAAGAAAACCGCACACACUAUCAAAGGACAGUCGGAAACAGCUGUAAGCCCAGCUGUCAACUCAAUGGACCGAAAGUCCGCCGGCGGGAUGCUAAAGAAACUAAUAUCGCGACGUAAUCAGACCGAUAAAUAUCCUGUGAUAACAGAGGAUGAGCUGCGGGCGUUAGGGACAGACAUAUCCCCAGACCACGUCCUGGGGCUCCGUGCGGUCACCGAGGACUAUCUGUGUAAGCCCGAAGACAAUGUGUACAACGUUGACUUCACCCGGUUUAAGAUUCGCGACCUGGAGACGGGCACGGUGCUGUUUGAGAUCGCAAAGCCACCAAACUGCGACCCGUCGGAGCAUGAAGACGUGGUUGGGGAUGUGGACACCAGUGCUGGCCGUUUUGUCCGGUAUCAAUUUACCCCUGCCUUCCUUAAACUUCGCACUGUUGGUGCAACUGUUGAGUUUGCAGUCGGGGACAGUCCUAUUAACAGCUUCCGUAUGAUCGAGAGGCAUUAUUUCCAAGGGCGCCUCCUCAAGAACUUUGACUUUGACUUCGGAUUCUGCAUUCCCAAUAGCUGCAAUACAUGCGAGCACAUCUACGAGUUCCCCCAGCUUCCAGAGGACCUCAUACGCCUCAUGGUAGAGCACCCGUAUGAAACCAGAUCAGACAGCUUCUACUUUGUGGACAGCAAACUUAUAAUGCACAACAAGGCAGACUAUGCCUACAACGGGGGUCAGUAGAGGCUGAUGAGGCACAAGGGACCAGAACAUGUGCAUUGAUGACACAGGUUUGAGGAUGUGCACUCUGCAGAGAUGUUGUUAGUGGCAAAGGGUUCUUUCUUACACAUUCAUCCCUAACAUGGGAAACAGCAUUCUUCCAAAAUGACACCAUACUGGCUUCAUAAGAUGUUCAUCAUAUGUUUAUCGACGCUACAACACUGUCUAAAACGACUGAAGAACGAAUGAAGAAAUAGUCUUUGAGCUGUUGGAUUGUUAUGUUAUGUAUUUGACUUUACUGCUUUUUUAACUUGUUCUAUAAUGCAUAUAUACAAUAAGUGUCAGGAAGUAGUCUAGUCCAGGAAGUAGGUUUAAUAUACUCCAGUCAAACAUGUUGGUAGAUAUCACUCUGUAUGUUGAUUUGACACAACCUUUAGUAUGUGAUUUGGCACUACCUUUUUGUAUGUGGCUUGACAUUACCUUUUCUACGUGGCAAUUGUUAAUCCCAAAUGGAAGGACACAGGCAUUUGCCAGGGUGUAAUACAGUAUUGCCAAGAAUAGACUGUUGUAGUGCAGUUAAUCAUUAGCUAUUUUAGUUAUAUAUUUAAUUUUCCAUUCAUCCCUGUGCUCCACCAUAUGUCUAAUUAUGAUUCACUUUGAAUUGUUGGUCCCUUUACUUCACCCUUUCUCUCCACCAUAGCGUGGGAUUCCUGUGCCUUGUGUUCCACACUGUGUAUGUAAAUCUGUUCAAUGAAAUUACUAAAACCUUUAAUUCAGCAGCGUUAACCCAGCUGUAUAACACAGGCUGCACCUCAACCAAUAAGCUGAAGACUGUUGUUGUUUUUUCCUGUCAUGUGCUCCGUUACUUAUGAAAUAUGUAUUUUAAUAUUUACUUUUUUAAACAAAUGAAUUUCCAAUCAAUUA